AUGCAAGCAUUUUUGAUGGGCUUGAGACCCUCGAGGUUCUUCUGGUCGUUGAUUGAGAAGCCGCCCAUGACCAUCCCCGAGAUGUUCCAACGUGCCAACCAGUACAUCGCCGCUGAAGCCCUAAUGGCGGGGAGGCACAAGGAUAGCAAGAGGCCGAGGAUGGAGCAAGCUAGAGGAACAACUUCAGCAGCACCAAGAGGUCACCUCGGGCACUACCUCAAGGAACUAAGAGAAGCAUCUCUGCACCCCAAGGGCCCAGUCGAGAAACAAAUCGAUGUCAUUAUCGGUGGACCGGCGGCCGACGGCAGUAGCUCAACGACAAGGAAGGCCUACACCCAUGGUAUGGUGGAAAAACACCCCAGACUCGAGUCCGACCCUGAAAUCACUUUCAAAACCGAGGAGGGUGAAUGCUCCCACCGUGAUGAUGCUAUGGUAAUCUCCAUCCGGAUCGCCAACGCUUGGGUCAAGAGAGUGCUGGUCGACACCAGAAGCUCUGCCAACGUGCUAUACCUCGAUGCCUUCAAGAAGCUCAGCCUAACUAAUGAGGACCUCAUUCCCAUAGCGUCGGGGCUCACCAAAUUCACCGAGGAUUCCAUCUCCCCACUCGGGACUACCAUCCUCCCCGUUACCAUUGGGGAAGAACCAAGAGCCAAGACGACGAUGACUACCUUCAUGGUAGUCAACCUGCCCUCGACCUACAAUGUCAUUCUCAGCCGCCUGACACUUAACAAACUGAAAGUGGUGGUUUCCACUUACUACCAGGCCAUAAAAUUUUUGACUUCGAUAGGGGUCAAGGAAUCCCGAAGCAAUCCGGGAGAAUCAAGGCGGUGCUACCUUAUAGCGGUCACUCUUCCGGAGAAGUCAUGCCCCCAUCAAGCCCUGGAUCCCCGUGAGGAAGCCAGGACACCGAUGCAUCUGGAGCCCCCUGAACAACUCACCGAGUCCUCAAAAGACAUGCCAAAGAUCAACUCGGGAGUAACUAAGCACCACCUCAACAUCCACCCCGAGGCUCGACCGGUGAAGCAAAAGCCGAGGAAGUUUGCCCCCCGAUUGACAGAAGUCCUUGUUAAGAAACACAACGAGAGCUGGAGGAUGUGUGUUAACUACACCGAUCUCAACCGAGCAUGCCCCAAAGACUGCUAUCCACUCCCGAGAGUAAAUCAACUGGUGGAUGCCACAGCAGGGUACGAACUUCUAACAUUCAUGGACUCGUUCUUGGGAUAUAACCAGAUCCGAAUGGCAUUGCAAGACCAGGAGCACAUCGCCUUCAUUACCGACAGGGGAGUAUAUUGCUACAAAGUAAUGCUCUUUGGUCUGAAGAACACCGGGGGAACAUAUCAAAGAAUCGUCAAUGAGUUGUUCAAACAACAACUCAGGAGAAACAUGGAGGUGUAUGUCGACAACAUGAUCGUAAAAAGCAAGUCAGCAAGCACACACAUGGCUGAUCUAGCAGAGACCUUUCGGACCCUCAAGCGGUUCGGCAUGCGCCUAAACCCAUCGAAGUGUGUCUUCGGGGUUCGUUCGGGAAAAUUCUUCAGAUUUAUCAUCCACCAGAGAGGAAUAGAUGCAAAUCCAAAAAAGGUUCGGGCCAUAAUUGAGAUGCAGCCUCCACGCUCUAUCAAGGAAGUACAACGCCUCACCGGGAGGCUGAUAACACUUAGUAGGUUCAAUUCACGAUCAAGAGACAAAUACCUCCCCUUCUUCCGAGUGCUCCGACAAACCGACACCUUCACAUGGAACUAG